ACCGCCCAGGACAACUGGACACCAACAGUCACCCGCCAACAGCCACGCGCUGGGGACAACUCACAGCUGGCCAACUCACCACCGGACACUUGGUCACCACCGACUCUGCUGGGACACCUGCUCCCUGCCCGGCAGGACGUGCGUGGACAGAGGUGGAUCCGUGGACAGAACCGUGUCCAGCUCCACGGACAGAACCAGGUCCAGCUCCACGGACAGAACCAGGUCCAGCUCUCUGACCAGAACCAGGUCCAGCUCCACGGACAGAACCAGGUCCAGCUCCACGGACAGAACCAUGUCCAGCUCUCUGACCAGAACCAGGUCCAGCUCCACGGACAGAACCAUGUCCAGCUCUCUGACCAGAACCAGGUCCAGCUCCACGGACAGAACCAUGUCCAGCUCUCUGACCAGAACCAGGUCCAGCUCCACGAACAGAACCAGGUCCAGCUCCACGGACAGAACCAUGUCCAGCUCUCUGACCAGAACCAGGUCCAGCUCCACGGACAGAACCAUGUCCAGCUCUCUGACCAGAACCAGGUCCAGCUCCACGGACAGAACCAGGUCCAGCUCCACGGACAGAACCAUGUCCAGCUCUCUGACCAGAACCAGGUCCAGCUCCACGGACAGAACCAUGUCCAGCUCUCUGACCAGAACCAGGUCCAGCUCCAUGGACAGAACCAUGUCCAGCUCCAAGGACAGAACCAUGUCCAGCUCUCUGACCAGAACCAGGUCCAGCUCUGUGAACAGAACUGUGCCCAGACCCAUGAGCAGAACCAGAUCCAGCUCUCCCAGCUCCACCAGCAGAACCACAUGCAGAUCCAUGAGCAGCUCCACAGGGAGCAGCAGCUCCGCUCACAGGACUCCGAGUUCCACCAGAAAACUGUGUCUGGAGAGGAGGGGUCACGUGCAUGA